AUGAAGGCCUCUGUCAUUACCACUCUGCUUGCUCAGGCUCUUGCCGUCAGUGCUUUGCAGAAGUACUGCAACGGUGGACAAGGUCUCGCCAGUGGAAACACCUGUGAAUGCCUCAACGUACAAUCAUCAGCGUUCCCCACUUUCCGCGGAUCAUGCUUCUCCCCCCAGAGCAUUCGUGAUCGGGAGGAUGUCAACCAGGACUGCCCUGGAGGUUGCGACUAA